GAACUACUCUACAGUUUCGCUAUGACGACGGAACAUUCCGACAGAAGUAUGCCAGCAGUGAACUGGCAGCUAGGGGUGUGCGGAUGUACUGCCGUCUUCAUGGUCUGUUUGACCCUAUCAUUAGGGACCACAAGGGUAGUGUAAUUGGAGGGGCACUCAGGAAUGUCCUCAAUGCACAGAAGUUGAUAGAGUGGCUGCUGGAGGAGAAGGACAUUGUGUCCCGAGACGAGGGAGUCGCUCUUGGACGACAGUUUGUGGCUCUUGGUGUUCUGAGACAUGCAACUGACGGGCAAGACUUCAGGGACACAAGCAGUCUCUACCGGUUCACAGCUGACGAUGUGCUGGACGCCACUGGGAGGAGAGGAACUCAGCUGGGCCGCGAGUUCAUUGCCAAGCAAAGCCAGAGCUGCAUCACCCUCACGGUGCCCUACAGUAGGGAGGAGGGAGGGUAUGGUGUAGGGUUGAAGGACGAACCACCUCUGCCGGUGUCUGUCACGUCAGCCUCUCCUCAUGCAAAGUGGUGUGGCGUGACAGAAGGACUGACCGUUGUAGCCAUCAAUGGACACUACCUCACAUCCACAUUUGGCCAUGCCCACCUCAACCUCUCGACCUUGCUGACCUCCGUUGACCUCUCUGCCCCGCCCCCUCUCCACCUCACGGUCCUCUCCAAUACAUCGGAGACUGUGAGAUUGUGUCCCACGCCAACUGGAGGUCUGGGGUUCCACAUUAGGGGGAGUUCCCCUGUCGUCAUCAAUGGUGUCGACAGAGGUUCAGCGGCAGCAGACGCAGGUCUGGUGUGUGGGUCCUGUAUUCUGAGAGUGGGACAGCAAGACGUCCUCCGAGCCAGCCACGAGGCUGUGGUGACUGCCAUAAAAGGAAGUCUGGAGGACUCAAUGGAUGCUGCGGGAGGUGCUGCCGUGGAGAUCAAGGUCUCUCACUCCAAUAUGGAACAUCUGGUCCAGUAUGAGUAUGAGACCGGAGACCACACCCACCUACAGGUGUACGAACGAACUAUUGAGAGCCCUUAUGCCUUUUCCCUCCCGGCCGAGCUGCUGAAGACCCUCGGCUCCGAGGCAGGGGGUGUGGCCAAUGAUCUGGAGCAUUCGGGAGUGUCCGCUAGUCAUGUGACCAAGUACAUCAGUGACCUUCGCAACCUUGCCAAGACCUAUAACAAGACCCAGAGGCUACUUCAGGGCCCGCGGUUUCCUUCCUACAAGCCAUUUGGUCCCACCCACAGCUCCACUAUUGAGGCCUGUCCCUUCAACCUGCACACGUCACUGAUGGAGGUCCUCAGUCCUUCCUCCUCCCGCCCACCUCCUCCCUCCACCUCUUCCACUGAUGCAGAAGACAGCUGCAGUGCAGUAGUUGGUGUGGACACUACCUCAUACCUCAUCUCCACCAUGGCCUGUCCCUGUGUCCCACAUCUGCUCUCUAAGUCAGACAUUAGUUCCCUGGAGGAGUGCCUCGGGAGAUAUGACAUGAUGCAGGACAUGAAGAACCACGUAACUGGACUGAAGGAGGCACAGAGAGUCCUGCAGGGGUUUGUGGAUGAUCUUGGAGUGUGUCCAGCUCCUGAGGAGAGCCCACCACCAACUGAGUCAGCUGGUCUCCUGACAGUCCCUUCCCCUCCCGCCAGUGAUGACCUCACUCCCUCCUCUUCCCCCACUCUCUCCCGGAGGGCCAGACUCUCCUCUUUCUCCAACCCUCUCCCGUCCAUCAACCUGGAGCUGGAGGGCCUGGAGAGAAAGGUGGAGGGAUUGAUGGGUUCUCUGGAGAGUGAACUGAUCUCCAAAGUCAUCAGUGAAAUAUCUGACAUCAUCAAGAACAAAAACCCUGCAGCCAUGUUGAAAGAGUUCAAAGACACUAUGAGAGGAUCUCUGAAACACGUGAAGACAGCAGCGAGUGUCAGUCCUGGAAAGAAACUGGCUGGCGCCAUGGAGACUCUCAUACACAAUGCUACCACAUACACGCAAGAGGUUCUACUGUUGAUAUCUCUGUCCCUGGCUGCCUGCAACAAUCUUACUCUCCUCCAAACACAUGACAAGCUGUUUUCCCAAUGCCUCGUUGCCUUGGCAACAGGGUUCAGUCACCAGUUGCUAGCGGCAACACGAGGUCAACUGAACCCUGAACCAGAGUACGGAGUCAGCAAUGAAGACAUCUCGUCUGCCUGGCUCCAACUAGUGGCCUCCAAGGGCGUUCUCUUCCACAUUGAGUCCCUUCUGUCUGAGGGUCAGGAAAUAAAACUGCUCCAAGAUCUGGACUUUGUUGCCAGGCAACUCAAGUCUGUUUCUCUGCAUGUGGUUGCCAUGGAAACCACAAUGGAAGUGAAAGAUCCUUACCCCAAGGUUUCAGUUUCUGGUUCCCGCUCAGCACUCCGUCUGACCUUUGCCCUCCAGCCUCACUUGUUCCACUCACUGCCUGCCUCUCUCACCUCCUCUCGUGGAGUCAAAGUUCAUCCCGUUCUCCUGAACAAAGGUCUGCUAGACAUCUUGGAGAACUCGGAGGCCUAUUUGUUGGAGAAGGCAGUCAACACCGCCUCACUCCAGACAAUCCGUAGCUACUACCGACAGCUGCGUUCCUUCAGACUGGGCCGCUCGGUCCACCGACAGACGAGCGAAGAGAAAGCCCUUGCCAUUUCCGAGACUGCCCAGCCCCUCCACGCCCUGGAACUGCUGACUCAGCAGCUGGAGGUGGCGGUCAGGGAACCCACGCGGCCUGGAAUAGGUCUGUUGACUGUGGCUGCUGAGCUGGCGACCAGGAUGGGGGCAGUGCGGGUGUGUGUGUGUGACACGGGGGUGUUCCGGUCUGGCCUGGCAUGCAGUCUUGAGCAGGUCAUGAUCCUCGUCCGCAGCCACCAGCUGCCCAUGCGGAGCAUGAGACUGGCUCUGGACUCCAUCAGGAAGAAAGGAACAUUUGGCGAGUUGAUUGGCAAGAACAGAGUCGAGAUCAGCCAGUCCCUGCCACAGAACCCACCACACCUCUAUAGGGUCCCAAAUAGCAUGUGACUCCAGAGUAUGUGUAUGUGUAGGGCCGUAUCUCGUUUGUUAUUUUUUCAGUUUCUCGCUAUUGUUGACGUUGGUAGAGCGUACUGCAACGUUUACUUACCCUCUAGCUGAUGUGGUAUUAUACGGCUGCUGAUUCAACGUGUUUACAUUGACGACGUUCUUGCGCAAUACACACCCACGCCCAACGUUUAGUUUGGGAGGGAGGCGCGGACACGGAAAGCGGCUCUUCGCUUCUGAGGAACUGUGUGUACAUAGAGAAGCCAAGAGAGGUUCGGGUGGCCGAUCCAGCCAUGAGCCGCCGACUCAGCAAGCGUCUGGAGCCUCUUCUUUUGAAGGAGGUGCAGGAGACGGGGCAGGUGAUCGGGAAGGGGGCAUUCGGCUCCGUGAAGAAGGUGCGGCUGUGGGGAAUGGUGUGCGCGGCAAAAGCCCUGCACGAGCUCUCGCUGGCCGGUAUCAACACGGAAGAAGACGCGGCACUGUUGACAAAGUUCGAGAGCGAGUGUCAGAUGCUGAGCACACUCCGCCACCCGUUCAUCGUCCAGUUCCUUGGAGUCCACAUCGAGAGCAAGACGUUCACCCCUAUCCUAGUCAUGGAGUACCUGCCCACGAGUCUUGCCGUCUGUCUGAAGAACCAGCCGCGCAUCCCGCGCUACCUGCAGAUCUCCAUGCUGCACAACGUGUCUCUGGCGCUCUCCUACCUGCACGGCCACUCGCCGCCCAUCGUUCAUCGCGAUCUGACCGCCAACAACGUCCUGCUGACGCCCAACAUGGUGGCCAAGGUAGCCGACCUCGGCGUGGCUCGCUGCCUUCUGGACGACUCUCGCAUGCGCACGCAGCUCACGCAGGCGCCGGGAACUGCCGCCUACAUGCCUCCCGAGGCCCUGGCCCCCAACCCUCAGUACACCACAAAGAUCGACUCCUUUUCCUUUGGGAAUCUCCUGGUUCACCUUGUGUCACAGCAGUGGCCGCUGCCCUCGGAGCCCACCAGACUGGUGAAAGGGAAGCUGGUGCCAGUUUCAGAGCCAGAGAGGCGGCGGGAGUACCUGGACCUCAUUGGCAAGGAGCACUGCCUGAUGCCACUCGCCAUGCAGUGCCUGCAGAACGAUCCAGGACUGCGACCUGAGGCGGCGGAAAUGGCAGGUAUUCUAGAGAGUCUGCAGUCCAGCAAUCCAGUCCCAACUACCUCUCAUCUUGACCUCCUCCAGGUGUUGGAAAGCAACAGGAACCAGAUCGAGUCGAAGGGUAUUCAACUUGCUGCCAAUAAGGAGCAGUUGCAGACGGUGUGCAAGCAGCUCGAGAACAGGGGCGGGGAGAUUCACUCUAUGCAGAGGAAGAUAGCGGAGAUGGAGCAACAGAUAGCAACCUCUCUGAAAGGCCUUCUGUUGGAGCAUGCCUCUAAUGGCCCUGUCUCCCCAACUACCACCUCUCAUCCCAGCAGCAAGGGGCGUACUCCUACAGUACUCCACCCAACUCAGUCGGCCUUCACGUGGAAGAGAGAUGACGACAUGCCAGUUGGAACAUACGGAGCUCGGGGAAUUGUCAUUGACGAUAAGCUGUAUGUAGGUGGAGGAGACUGCAAGGACCUGGAAUUGGAGCGUGUGGUUCAUGAGUAUGACUGCAAUGGUCUGGUCCGCAAAUGGACAGCUCUGCCCCCCGCACCGGUGGCCUACUUUGCUCUGGCAGAGGUCAACAAGACCCUGGCACUGGUUGGGGGGUUUGACCUGGCAAAGAAGGUCCCGACUAAUCACCUGACUGUGUGGGACCGCGGCCAGCAGGGGUGGUGUACCCCAUUCCCCGCCAUGCCCACCUCACGUCAAGACUGCACCGCCGUCUCCUUCAAACUACAGCUGCUGGUUGCCGGGGGAAGCAACUUCAAGAAGCCACUCUACAACGUGGAGAUGCUGGACUAUUCGCAGUUCCAGUGGCAUCACUUGUCCCCCCUGCCCCAGCCCUGCGUCCGCAUGACCUCCUGCAUCAUUGGGUCUCGCUGGUACCUCCUCGGUGGGAUCAACUUCACUGACCCCUCGCAGGGCGAGACGGGCCCCCAGACCCAGGUCUUCUCCCUCAGUCUUUCUGGGGAGCUGGCUAGAAACAGGUGGAACGUCCUUUCCCCCAUGCCUCUCUACUGCGCAACGGCAGUUCCCUUCGGCCACUACCUCAUGGCGGUGGGCGGAGUCGACACGCCCUAUUCCCAGGCCCAGAACGGAGCCAUCUACAUGUACUGUGUAGCAGCGGAGAAGUGGGUUCACAUUGGUAGUCUGCCCACCCCUCGUAGCCAGGCAACAGCGGUGGUGCUCUCCAAGGGACGGCUCAUGUUGCUGGGUGGGCAGGAGAUCAGGGACAAGUUUGGUCGGACUGUGGAGAUACUCCAGUGUUAGUUCUAGCUCAAUCAUAGCUCAAUUGCUUUUUUAACGCUCAACCUGAGUGUGUUUGUAAUUGUAUGUGUGUGUGUGUGUGUGUGUGUUUGCACUUAGUUUUACCACCUCCAUGCUUUAUGCGUCAUUGAGCUGUGCGUGAAGGGGCGGGGCUACAAGGUGUGCAUUAUUUGGAACAUGGCUCUCGUGGGAAGACGGCUUGAGAUUGGAUGGAUUUCUCGAGCGCUAAGCUCAACUGCCGUUGGUAAAAAGGUUGCAUUGGUCUUGUCUGGAUGUGGCGUGUACGAUGGUUCAGAAAUCCACGAGGCUUCCGCGUAAGUUCGUCGUGUGCAAUGCAGCUCACGUGAUCAUUCUUAUUGGCCGGGGUCGAAUACCAGCUGUCUAGUUCACCUUAGUCGUCAUGGAGCUGAGGUGGCGAUGUUUGCACCAGAUAUCCCUCAGAUGCAUGUAGUUAACCACCUCACUGGUCAGCCUGCCGAGGGGGACACCAGGAAAGUGCUGGUAGAGAGUGCCCGCAUCGCCAGAGGAGCCAUCUCUCCUCUCAGUCAACUGAUUGUCGGCCAUUUUUCAGCCGUCGUCUUGCCCGGUGGUUUCGGAGCAGCCAAGAACCUAUUGUGCUGCCUUGGUUCAGGAGCAGCUAUGCAGUGGAGGGAGAGGAGAUGGAGGUGGAGACUGAGGCUAAGAGGGUUCUGGAACAGUUCAGAGCAGCUGGGAAACCCAUUGGGUUGUGCUGUAUUUCACCUGUGCUGGCUGCCCGUCUGUUUCCAGGUGUGGCUGUUACCGUUGGCGAUGACACAGACCCUGCAGCCUGUGCAGUGCGUGGAAUGGGGGCCAGUCACGUCCCCAGACCAGUCACUGAGGUGUGUCUGGACAGCGAGCGACUGGUGGUCACAACACCAGCCUACAUGUACGAGGCUCCACUUCACCAGAUAUUUGACGGCAUCGGAGAGAUGAUCAGUACUGUCCUCAGACUUGUCAAGUGAUCACCUGCUGUCAACUCAUUACAGAGAACUGUUUUAGUUUUGUUUCAGUCAACAUAAUUAUUAUACACUGAUGCUGUAAAGUCAGUUAUAUAGAACUAAAUGAUGG